UCUCACUGUCCUUGUUCCCCGCCUCCCGACGCCCGUCCCUCCACGCUCUGCACAGGAAGUGGGCCGGCCCUGGGUUGCAGUUUUUGCCGGCCCCACAGUUGUCUCUCUGCUACCCGGGCUGCAGGAGCCCGAGAUGGCCGAGGUCCCAGAAGCAGGGAGAACACUGCCACAGCCUCAUGUCUCAGCCAGGCCUUCCCCCCUCAGCUCGGCUCUGUGCAUGUGAUGGCGGGCCCAGCUCUGUCCUGGUGUCUGCCCCUGCUGGUCCUCCUCCUGCCCCUGACAGCCCCUCCGGUGUCUGCAACAGUGAACGAGUCUUCCCAGCUCGAAUGCUUCUACAACUCUCAAGCCAACAUCUCCUGCCUGUGGAGCCAGGAGAAGGGUGUGCAGAACACAUCCUGCCACAUCCGCGCCCGGUCAGACAAGCGGCCCUGGAACCGGACCUGCUCCAUGUUCGCAGUGAGCCCAACGACUUGGGCCUGUAACCUGGUCCUCGGAUCUCCGACUUCUCAGCAGCUGACCUCUGUGGAUAUCAUUACUGCCCGUGUGAUGUGCUGGGAAGGUGGACAGUGGCGGAUGGUGCUGACCAAGAACUUCAAGCCCUUUGAGUACCUUCGCCUGGUGGCCCCCACCUCCCUCCAGCUCGCCUAUGUGGACACCAAUAGAUGUAAUGUCACCUGGCACCUCACCCAGGUCUCCCACUACAUCGACUCCUACUUGGAGUUUGAGGCUCGGACACGGUCGCCAGGCCACAGCUGGGAGGAGAAUGUCCCGUUGAGUCUCAAGCAGAGGCAGCAGUGGAUCUUCCUGGAGAACCUGGUGCCCGACACUCAGUAUGAGCUGCAGGUGCGGACACGGUCCCAGAAAGGCCAGCACAACGCGUGGAGCCCCUGGAGCCAGGCCCUGGCCUUCAGGACGAGGCCUGCAGCCCCGAGGAAGGAGUCCCCGCCCCUCGCUUGGGUCCUUGGCCCUGCCCUGGGCCUUGGGCUGGUCUGCGGCGUCAUCAUCUCUGUGUUCCUCUUGGUCAGCGGCAAUUGCCUCGGGCCUUGGCUGAAGAAAGUCCUGAAGUGUCACAUCCCAGACCCCUCAGAGUUCUUCUCCCAGCUAAACUCCGAGCACGGAGGGGACUUCCAGAAGUGGCUGUCCUCGCCUUUCCCCUCAUCCUCCUUCAGCCUGGGGGCCCCGGCGCCCGAGAUCUCACCGCUGGAAGUGCUGGACAAGGACACCAAGGCCGCACAGCUGCUCCUGCUGCAGCAGAACAAGGUGCCCUUGCCCUCGCCUGCGCCCAGCGGCCACUCACAGACAAGUUGCUUCACCAACCAGGGCUACUUCUUCUUCCACCUCCCGGACGCCCUGGAGAUCGAGGCCUGCCAGGUGUACUUCACCUACGAGCCCUGUACUGAGGCGGAGCCUGAGGAGGGUGCACCCCCAGGGUCCCCUCUCGCACCCCUGCUGCCCCUGCAAGGGGAAGAUGACGCCUACUGCACCUUUCCCCCAGGGGAGGACCUGCUACUCUUCUCCAGCCUCCACAGUGGCCCAAGCACCCCCCACGGUGGCCCAAACACCCUCCACAUUCUCCCUCGGGCCGCUGGGAUCAGUGAAGAGAGGCUGCGCCCCUCCCUACAGGAGGGGGCUCCCCAGGACUGGGGUCCUCCACCGCUGGCAUCCCCUAUCCCAAUGGGCCCCGACCCAGUGGGUUUCCAGUCACCCCUGGAGCAGGCAUUGGGCGUGGCUGGGGAGGAGGCCCCUGCCCUGGGGCCUGAGGAUGGGGCUGACUCCCCCGGGCAGGGCCAGGGCAGGACCCCUUCCUCCCGCUGCGCUGACACUGACGCCUACCUGUCCCUCCAAGAGCUCCAGGCUCAGGACCCAGCUCUCCUGAUGUAGACAGCCAGCCAGGGCUGGGAGGCAGGAGGCUGCCUGGGAUGUGCCAGGCCUCAGGGGUGCCCCAGACAGUCCAGUGUGGAGGACAUCGCCACCCUGAUGCCCCACCCACCUUCAAACCUCAGCUGCUGCUCCGUGGUUGCACCGUGCAUAUCAGGGCCUGGGGCAGGAGUGGGAGAAGGAUCCCCCUCCGUGUCUCAUCACUGAGUCCCUGGAGCUUUGUCUCUCAGGCACCCACCCUCCAAAUCCGCAGUCACCUACGGACACCAGUCAUCACUGCAGCUCCCCUCCGAGCUUCCUCUGCAGGGCACCAGAGUGUGAUUCCCACACAUAAACACGGCUGCGCCCCUCACCUGCUCCAAACCCUGCCUGGCUCCGGGGCCCUCAGCACCACCCUUAGCCUGCCACUUACCCUUCCAUGUCUGGACAGUCCCUUCUGAGACCCUUACAAGUGGCCUCAGCACGCUCCUAAAAGCUGCCUUGCACUUUGGAUGUGCUGUGGCCAAUAUCCGGGGCACCCACGCCUCCUCUAGGUGACAGUCUGCUUCCCCCAAGGGAAACAUUGCUGGAUCCAGUGCCGGGAGGGAACACCACCCAGGUCCCGGGUGGUGGAGAAGGGCUCUCUCUUGGCCUGAGAGUGCUCCACCCAGGAACAGACAGAAAUCCCCAUGGCGGGGACCCUUCUGGAGCUUUCCAUGGUGGCCUCACAGACUCACAAGGGAGUAAACCCGGGAGUCCCUGCAGCCCAGGCAGCAGCCUCUUCCUUCCAGCAAGAGGUCCCCACCCUGGGCAGCUUUCACCUGAGGGUUCUUGCCCUCAUGAAUCCCCUGGAUUGCCUGCAUACGGACCAGCAAGAGUCUGGUCCCUUCGCAUUCAGUGCUCCCUUCUUACAGGGCUGGCCCUUCCCACCACCCCUCUGCCCCUCUUCCCUCUGUGCCUGGCACUGUCCACAGUGACCACCAUCCCACACCCCUGCAGGAAAGACUCCCAGUGCCAACUGACUGGCUUGGGAGCAGCAGGGCCUACAUUUAUAAGUCCUUCUCGCGGCUGAUUGGGCAUCUGACCAGAAGCCCACCCACAGGCUGACUAGCAGCCUAUGAGAAAGCUUGGUACAGAAACUCUGUCCAAACAAGAAGGCUAGGCAUGAUCUAGUCAAUCAGAUUAUCUCUUGGGCUCAGGCAUUUAAACUGGAGGAAGAGUGAGAGGGGGUAGGGGGGGCAGGUGCUUGGGAACAGGGCUCCCAGGAGCUGGGAGAGAGGUGUUGAGCCUCAUGAGCAGAAGGCAGGGGGAGGUCCUGACAGAAACUCCUACUGCCUGCACCAUUCUGUCCUGAUCCCUGUCUUUUUAUGUUCAAAAUAAAGUUUUUCUUGAGGUUGGGUGA